GAAUAUUCCAUCGAACAAUUAGGGUUUACUAUGUAAAGUGUCACCGACCCGUUACCGUAUAAAUACCCCUUCUCCGUCUUUUCACUAAAGUGCCGCGUACUGCUAUUUGUUAAUCCUCACACCAUACUUGAGCAAACAUCAAAGAAGCAAAAAUGGAGCAGACUUUCAUCAUGAUCAAGCCUGACGGUGUCCAACGUGGCCUGGUUGGUGAGAUUAUCGGCAGAUUUGAGAAGAAAGGAUUCUCUUUGAAAGGCUUGAAGCUCAUCACUGUGGACCGUGCCUUUGCUGAGAAGCAUUACGCUGACUUGUCUGCUAAGCCUUUCUUUAAUGGGCUUGUUGAGUAUAUUGUUUCUGGACCUGUUGUUGCUAUGGUCUGGGAGGGUAAGGGUGUAGUUGCCACUGGCAGGAAGAUCAUUGGAGCAACCAACCCCUUGGAGUCGGCUGCUGGUACCAUCCGUGGUGAUUUUGCUAUUGACAUUGGCAGGAAUGUUAUUCAUGGAAGUGAUGCUGUUGAGAGUGCUAGGAAGGAGAUUGCUCUUUGGUUCCCCGAAGGAAUUGCAGAGUGGCAGAGCAGCCUUCACUCAUGGAUCUAUGAAUAGAAAAGUUUUAUGAAUUUAGAACUCUUUCUGUGGUCUUGCCUGUUUGGUUUUAACUUAUGAAUUUUGUAUGUCAUUUGAGUCCAGAAGUUUGGUAUUUGAGACUUAAUGAUGUGAUAUUUGAUCAUUUUGUUUAUGUGUUGCACUUUCAAGUAAGUGUGAGCUUUCAUCA